AUGCACGCAGUUUUUCGGAUUGGUGAAGUUCGAGAGUUUGGUGAAAAAAAUCAACUUUAUGAAGUGGACCUCAAACUUACGGCAGAUGACGAUCAACAACUUCGUCAAUUAACCGAUCGUCUAAGACAAGAAACAACGGGUAGCACUGGAUGGUAUCGGUUGGGUAAAUUGCUGUUUCAAAUAGGUCAAUUUGGUAAAGCCGAAGAAUUAUAUACUGCACUACUACAACAAGCCUCCGAACAUGGUGAUAAAGCGUUUAUCUAUCAUCAGCUUGGGUGUUUGAAAAACGACCAAGGACAAUACAAAGAAGCAGCUUCGUCUUAUGAGAUAUCUCUGAAAAUAAAACUAAAAACUUUACCAGAAGAUGACUCUUCAUUGGCUCCUACUUACAACAACAUAGGUCUCGCAUAUAACAACAUGGGUGACUACUCGAAAGCACUUGAAUAUUACGCAAAAGCACAUAAAAUCUAUGAAAAAGCUUUACCUUCGGAUCAUCCGAGUUUGGCUAUUUCCUACAACAACAUCGGUCUCACAUACAGCAACAUGGGUGACUAUUCGAAAGCAUUUAAAUUUUUCGAAAAAGCACUUAAAAUAAGAGAAACAUCACUGCCCUCGAAUCAUUACUUAUUGGCCCUGUCCUACAAUAACAUCGGUUCAGUGUAUUUCAAUAUGGGUGACUACUUGAAAGGACUUGAAUCUCACAAAAAAUCAUUGAAAGUAAGAGAAACAUCACUGCCACCCAAUCAUCCUCUUUUGGCUUUCCCAUACAAAUGGUUUGGAAAGAUAUAUCGCAGUAUGAAAGAUUAUCCAAAAGCACUUGAGAAUUUCGAAAAAUGUCUCUCAAUACGUAAAAAUACCUUACCCGAGAGUCAUCCAGAUCGAGCUACUACAUAUAGUGACGUUGGUGAUAUUCAUCGAUUAAUGGGUGAUUAUGAAAAGGCGCUUUCAUUUCAUAGAAGAGCAUUAGAUGUUCAAGAAAAUGAGCAAUGUAAUCCUUUGGAUUGUGCACUGACAUAUAUAAAUAUAGGUGAAACUUAUCGAGAAAUGAAAGAUUAUUCAACAGCAUUGACAUAUUUUCAAAAAGGAUUACAGAUAUGUCAGGAUAACUUACCAAAAGAACAUCCUGAUUUAGCUGUUGUGUAUCACAAUUUGGCAAAAUUAUAUUUGGCUUCUCGACAAUAUAGUAUAGCAAUAAAGAAUGUUCAACAAGCGAUAGAAAUCGCUCAAGAAAAGUUGCCUGCAACUCAUCCACAUCUUUUAGAAUAUAAAGACACAUUUGAGAAAAUUCGAAAUGAAAUGUAA